UCAAGCAACUUACUAAGCUAAGUAAACUCUAUUUAGAUGAUUGCAAGCAGCUUCAAUGUUUACCAGAGCUUCCAUCAACUCUACAAGUUUUAAUCGCAUCAGGUUGCAUCUCUCUAAAAUCUGUAGCAAGUAUAUUCAUGCAAGGUGAUAGAGAAUAUAAAGCUGUUUCUCAGGAAUUCAAUUUCUCUGAAUGUCUCCAACUGGAUCAGAAUUCACACUUUAGAAUUAUGGGUGCUGCCCAUUUACGAAUUCGACGCAUGGCAACAUCAUUGUUUUAUCAGGUGAAUUCUUCCUCCCUCGAUCUUGAUCUAUUUAAAGAAAAAAAUCACGAUAAUUUUUUAUAUGUAUCUCACAUUGUCAUUCUCUUCGGUGUAGGAAUAUGCUGGUAAUCCAUUAAAAGAAGUCCGGUUGUGUAUUCCUGGGUCGGAAGUCCUGGAGCGGUUCAGUUAUAAAAAUAGAGAAGGAUCGUCAGUAAAAAUCCGGCAACCAGCUCAUUGGCAUCGUGGUUUCACUUUAUGCGCUGUUGUUUCAUUUGGCCAAAGCGGGGAAAGGCGUCCCGUUAAUAUUAAAUGUGAAUGCCAUUUGAUAAGCAAAGAUGGAACCCAGAUUGAUCUCAGUUCCUACUACUACGAAAUAUAUGAAGAAAAGGUGAGGAGUUUAUGGGGAAGGGAGCAUGUGUUCAUUUGGAGUGUCCACUCUAAGUGCUUUUUCAAGGAGGCCUCGUUUCAAUUCAAAUCACCGUGGGGAGCUACUGAUGUGGUGGUUGGGUGUGGAGUCCAUCCACUGUUUGUCAACGAGCCUGAGCAACCAUACCCUAAAAUUGAUGGAAAAUGCUUGACAAACUCUUCAUCAUCUUGUAUUUGAAAGGGCAACUUAAUGCUAUGGAUGCAUGGUUUCGCUCGUUGACACUGGAGAAACUAUUAAUUCGGAGGAGGAGAGCGUAUCUAAUAGAAUUCGACAAGUUUCCCCAUCUCAGGGUCCAAGACUGCCCAUUUUGCAGAAAAUUAUCAAUUUAAGUGAUAAAAUUCAGAAUUUGAAGAAAGAACACUCAAAUCUCUCUAAUCAAGUAAAGACUGCCAAGGAUUCCUUUCUUGGCCCCAAUAUUUUAGACACCCUUCAAAAACUCGGUAAUGAAUAUGAACUUCUUAAAAAGAAGUAUCUACAAGAGUUGUCUGAGAGGAAGAGGCUUUACAAUGAGGUGAUUGAGCUUAAAGGGAAUAUUAGGGUCUUCUGUAGAUGCAGACCACUAAAUCAAGUCGAAAUAACAAAUGGUUCGAACUAUGUAGUUGAAUUUGACUCUUCCCAAGAUAAUGAGUUGCAGAUCAUUUCCUCUGAUUCUUCCAAAAAGCAAUUUAAGUUCGACCAUGUUUUUGGGCCUGAGGAUAAUCAAGAGGCUGUUUUUGCACAAACUAAACCAAUAGUCGCUUCAGUUUUGGAUGGCUACAAUGUCUGCAUAUUCGAAUAUGGACAAACUGGAACUGGAAAGACGUUUGCUAUGGAGGGCAGCCCAGAAAAUAGGGGAGUGAACUACAGAACAUUGGAUGAGUUGUUCUCAAGAGAGAAGUGGCAUUAUGAGAUAUGGUCCUUUUUGUUAGUAUGAUGGAGGUUUACAAUGAGAAGAUAAGGGAAAUUAACUAUUGGUUAAUACAAACAUCAUGCGUGUGGCUAUUUGACAAGAAAAGUGGAUCACGGAAGUUCUGUAUCAGCCCAAUUUUCAUUUGAGCACUCGAUAGCAAAUGAUAAUAAAUACCUUGCUCCUCUCUAGUGUAGAUAAGCAUGACAUCUAAUUGGGUUUAGGGUUUAAAAGAUUAUGUAAAGACUCCUAUUUGGAAGCCCACUGGUAUGAAAGAUUUAUAGUCUAACGUUAAGAAAUUGAGUUACAUGAAUGAAGUUUGAUGAAAUUUUAGUUUUCUUACAUGCAUGAAGGUUGGAGAUAAAACAAACAGCUGAAGGAACACAAGAAGUCCCAGGACUUGUUGAAACUCGGGUGACUGGCACAGAGGAUGUGUGGGAUUUACUCAAGUCUGGAAGUCGGGCCAGGUCUCUUGGAUCAACCAGCGCUAAUGAG